GACCCGCCGUCACACUACUGCGGUGUCAGCACUUGAGGGCUCGAUAUAAACCACCGCCUUCUUGGUUUGUCCCUCUUCUGUGCCUGCCGAACCGUUCGCCCAGAACCAAACAACAUCUAAAAAGAAUGUCCUCCGAGGUUCUGCCUAUAUUCUCUAAGGGAGAGGAUUGCAAGCCCGCCUGGCACGACGCUAGCGCCGGCUACAAUGAGGCGGACACCCACCUGGAAAUCAUGGGCAAGCCCGUCAUGGAGCGCUGGGAAACCCCGUACAUGCACUCACUGGCCACCGUUGCAGCCUCAAAAGGUGGUCGGGUUCUGGAGAUUGGAUUUGGCAUGGCCAUCGCUGCCACCAAGCUAGAGUCUUUUUCCAUCGAGGAGCACUGGAUCAUCGAGUGCAACGAUGGAGUCUUUGCUCGCCUGGAGAACUGGGCCAAGUCUCAGCCACACAAGGUCGUUCCUCUGAAGGGUCUUUGGGAGAAUGUUGCUCCCACUCUUCCAGAUAAUCAUUUUGAUGGUAUCUUGUACGACACAUACCCUCUCUCUGAGGAAUCAUGGCACACUCACCAGUUUGACUUCAUUAAAGGUCACGCUCACAGGCUGCUAAAACCUGAUGGCAUCCUCACCUACUGCAACCUGACCUCCUGGGGCGAGCUGCUCAAGACCAAAUAUGACAACAUCGAGAAAAUGUUUGAGGAAACUCAGGUGCCUCAUCUGCUCGAAGCUGGAUUUAAGAAGGAGAAGAUUAGCACCACCACCAUGGACAUUGCACCACCCAGUGAAUGCAAAUACUACUCCUUCAAGAAGAUGAUCACUCCCACUAUUGUAAAAGAGUAAAUACUGUCCCAUACCCUUUUUAUAUUCUGGUGCCUUUUUUCCUGACAUUCGAUUUGUGUCCACAGUAUUUUUAAUAAACCCAACUGCUCCCCAACUCA